UGCAAACCUUUGCAUUAUUUGACAAUCAUGAAUCAACGGGUGUGUAUUCUGUUGUUGCUGUUGGCCUGGGUUGGAGGUUUUCUGCAUGCUGUUGUUCAACUUCUCUUUGUUUACAACCUUCCCUUCUGUGGUCCCAAUGUCAUCGACCACUUUAUCUGUGACAUGUACCCGUUAUUAAAACUUGCCUGCACUGACACCUAUGUUAUUGGUCUCACUGUAGUUGCCAAUGAUGGAGCAAUCUGUGUGGUCAUCUUUACAGUCUUACUCAUUUCCUACGGGGUCAUUCUGCACUCUCUGAAGACCCAUAGUCAGGAAGGGAGGCGCAAAGCCUUAUCCACUUGUGGCUCUCACAUUAUAGUGGUGGUCCUCUUCUUUGUCCCUUGCAUUUUUAUGUAUGUGAGACCUCCUUCUACUUUACCCAUUGAUAAAUCCUUGACUGUGUUUUACACAGUUAUCACCCCUAUGUUAAACCCUCUGAUCUAUACUCUGAGAAACGGAGAGAUAAAAAAUGCUAUGAAAAAGCUGUGGACCAGAAGAAGAAAAUGA